AUGGGGAUGGUCACUUUUCUUCGACCAAGAGAGACGAGCAAUAGAAUAUGGGCCUUUGGAAAUGACACUACCUGCACGUACGGCGCAUUCAUGGUCCAAGCAACAACUGCUGGAAUCUGGUACCAGGGGAUGUUAUCAAUCUACUUUUUGUUGACUACUCGAUAUGGUAUGAAAAAUGCUACUAUCGCCAAGCGCAUUGAGCUAUUUAUGCACAUCGUGGCAAUCGGAUAUCCACUGUGCACUGCCAUUGCUGGUGCUGCCAUGGGCAUCUAUGGGGAGAGGGCUGGAGGAGCAUCAUGUUAUGUGAGAAACUACGAUUACUCGAGUGCCAAACCAUUUGAACUGCAAGAACGAAACAUCCAACGCUCGAAAGUUAUAAUCAUAUUCGUUGGUAUACCUAUGGUUGGAGUCGCCCUGUGUUUGGCCUUUACGCAGUUGAGCAUUUAUUGGUUUGUUCGAACCCACACUCGGAAGUUUUCAAUUCAAGAAAAAGAAGAUUCAACACCGAGCAAUAAAGUGAACAUAUCAUUUGGUUGCAGCGGACGAUACAUGGAAGAUUUGUCUCAAGAAUCUUCCAGCGUCCCGAGCAGCAAAAAUGUUCCUCCAAGCAACAAAUACAAGAAGAAGAACAAGAAACAAUCGCAGCGACUACAGCUAGUUUGUUCACAGGCACUUCUGUUUGUGAUAUCCUUUUUUUUAUGCAAUGUUUGGAAUCUGGUUAUCAUCGGCUUACAGGCGAGCGUUAAGACUCGAGCAGAUGAAAUGGAAAAGAUGGUAGAGGACUUCCCCGUGCUUGUCAUACAAACUAUGAUGCUUCCAAUCCAAGGGUUUUUCAAUUGUCUAAUAUUCUGUCGACCCAAGUACUUGAUGCUGAGACAAGAGUUCCCAUAUGAAGGGAAGCGAUGGGCCGUGAAACGAAUAUUUCUUGGCGACAAGCUUCCUCCGACUGAUGGUGCCGGUCGUUGCAUGGUUGGGACCCUUGUGGAUAUUGUAGCCCAACAAAAGGACUUGUCCCAAUCAGAAGCAGCCGAUACACCGGUUGGGGACACGCUGACUUCUAACUCAGUUCCGCCAGCACGCCUUCCACGCAACAUGCUAUCAUCUUUGACAGCAAGCUACGGCGACUUUGACGAUGACUCUGAUGUACUAGACGAAGACGGCCGAUGGCACGACGUCAGUCCGCAAGGAAACCAGAAUUCUCCAGCCUGCUUUGCCUCUAGUCGGAACCGAACGUCAUCGUUGGGGGCCAUCAGUGAACUGUCAGAAUCUGUUUUUGAUUUGACUCCAUAUCAGGCCAACGGAUCGCAUCUUUCUGUAGCUUCGGCGGGAAUGCCAGCACCCACAGAACCAUCAGAGAGUCGUUGGAAAGAUGGAUCAACAUCAGCACCAGUGACUGCUCCUCCGAGACCUGCUCUAUCUACUGUGGAAAGCAGUGAAGAUGACUUAUUGGAUGGCAUAGAAAGAAGAUCCCUCAAGACAGAUUCAAGGAUGGAAGUUCCAAGGCGCAAGUGUGAUGCAUCUGCUGACAUGCCAAUUCAGGUACCAAGACGUACAUCGGACGUAUUGAAGGUAUCAAAUGAUUCGCCUAUUUCCGUUCCAAAACGUACAUCGGAUACACCAGUCGAUCCUCCAACACGGAGUUACUCUAGCGGUUCAGAUGAUCCACUAGUGCUGCAUUCAGAAAAGCUGACAAGUCGACAUAACAGACUAAGAAGAAAAAUGGCAUCCGAUGUACCCUUGGCUCGGCCAAGCCGAUUUGUGAGUCUACCUCCUUCCGAAGUUGAAGGACCUUCCGGUCAUAUGAGCAGAAAAGAAAUUCAAAUGUUCAAAGCAAAACCAAUGAUACAAGAAAAAGAAACAGUCGUAGCAACUGCAGCUAGUUUGUCCAUUUUGCAAUUCGAGGAUGGAAAUAUUCAAAGUCACGCAUUGGAUGUUGAAGAAAAGUCGGCAUAUUGGAUUAAGAGAAAAGAGAAGGUUGGCUUUGGCUCCAUGGAACGGUGUCCUAGCCCCUACUGUAGCCUUCCACCUUUCGAAGUCGAAGAUGCGUAA